AUGUUGUUUGUAGGCUUGACCAAUUCCGCCGGUGCCGUUGGAGGCAUCGGCAUCAACGUUUCUCUCCUUCGGGAGAAGUUCUCGGUGGCCGAGUACUUUAGACGCUACAUUUUCCACAGACGGGGAUUGAGCGUGAGUGACUCCGAGAUUCGUGCCAGUGAUCUUUUCCCUCAGAUUUGCAAGUCCGAGAUUUUGGCGCUAGACAAUUCCUUGAGGGGAAUGGCCAAGGUUUGUGCUGCGGAUGACUUGGAAUUUCCGUUCUUUGGCGAGAAUCCCCAGAUGGAGGUUCUUGACGACCACUCGGCCGCUGCGUUCCAAAACCCUUACCAUGAGCAAUUGGGCUUUGGGUUGGGAAUGAACAUGGGCAUGGGUAUGGGCGUGAACAUGGGCAUGAACAUGGGUAUGAACAUGGGUAUGAACAUGGGUAUGAACAUGGGCUAUGGUGCUGAGAACCAGACCUCGUCGUCUAUGUUUCAAUCAAACGGUUUCGACAACACUAAUUUGGCUGUCGGAAGUCACAACUCGUCCUCAAGCUUCGAUGAAUAUUCACUCAGUAACUCUUACUCGUCCACCGAAUCUCAAUCUUUGUCGGGUACCAUGCAACAUCCUUUGAUGGCUCGCGAAGUGGCCACCAAGCUGCAGACCCCAUUCAUCCACAUCCAGAACCUGGCCUUCCCAAAGGUGCUGUACCCAGAGGACUUCUCUGCCGAGGCUCUCUUUGGUACUUCUUCUUUCAACAACGCUUCCAAGAAGACGGUUAAGACAGAGCUCGUUCAACAUCCUUACUUUACCGACUUGAAACAUCCCUCGGUGUCUGACUCUUACUCGUGUGGCUCUUCAGUGGAGUCUUUUGACUCUCCUCUCGAUGAGAUUUUUGUGAAGACUGCAGUCGCAGACCCUAUGGUUAUGCCUGAAGCCCUUUCGCGGAAAAGAAGACUCAACGAUACUCCUAGCAUGGUACAUUCGAGCUCUGAUAUUGAUCUGCCUUGCAGCUACAAGAUGGAUGCUUUCAAGAAAGUCAAGUGCGAAAAGUCGGGUGACCUUGCCUCUUCAUAUGGAAGUCAAACGCACCUGAGAUCAAAAUCCCGGCCCGUUAAGAAAGAGGUCAAUGGUGAGACUCGAUACGUUUGUGACCAUUGUGACGCCGAGUUCCGUGUAAGAUCGUACUUGACUCGUCACUUGAAAAAGCAUACCAACGCCAUGGCAUUUGUUUGCCCAUUCUACCUGGACGAAGUCGAAAGUGACUACCAGUGCAACGAUAAAUCUGGGGCCAAAUGCCAUCCAACUGGUGGAUUCUCUAGAAAAGACACCUUCAAGACCCACUUGAAGGCACUUCACUUCAUUUAUCCGCCCAGAACAAGGUCCAAGGAGAGAUCCUCCUUGGGAGGAAGAUGCGCCGGAUGUUUUGAAUACUUCGAUAGUAACGUAGUGUGGUUCAAGGAGCAUAUUGAGCCGAAGGUGUGUCCUGGGUUUGUCAACAAAAGCAGCAUCUUUGUGAAACAGGAGAUGGAUUAA